AUGUCGGUGAAGCACGAUCCAGACGCGGCGCCUCAAACAGGGGAGCUCGAGUAUUCGUUUGAUCAUGCGGCAUCCGAUGUUCGAGGCGUGUUUGGAGGUUUGGAGGACGGCUACGCCCAUCCAUUCAUGAGAUCCAUUGUGCGGCCGUCUCUGCGCUUCCUCCAAGAAUCGUUUGCGCGGCACCCUUUGUUGACAGUAUGGGCAAGCGUAUUCGCGGUUUUGGCUGCGCUGCCCAUCUUCUCGUUCAUAGCGUUCACGCUCGUCGUACUGACCUUGACCUUGCUGUCUGCUGUAUUCGUUGCUCUGGUCACAACAGUUGUCGCCGUACUGCUUUCCGGAUUCCUCCUUGUCUUCACCCUCGGAUUCUUUUUCAUUGUGUCUGCUUGGCUCACCGGCACCUUUAUCUCCCUCUAUCUCGCAUACCGGCUAGGUGCCAUCGCCCGCGGGCGCUACACCUCAGUGAAGCCCACAGGAAGUCCGGCCUUACGUGCCCACGCUGCGUUGAAACUCGCUUUGCUAGACUGGGUCGAGGAGAUCCGGUUUCUUCUCCAUCUCCAGACUUCGGUGCGCAAAGAAAACUCCGAACCUUUCUCAGGCCGCACUGGCUUCCCAACGGACCUGCAGAAGGAAGACGCUGGUACCGAAGCUCAGAUAGUCGAUGGUUUUUCCGUUCCGCCUCCCACACGCGGAAGCGAUGGUUCAGAGGCCUCUGAACCAUCGACCGUGGAGAAGCCGUCCACGUCUUGA